AUGGACGAGUAUGUCGGCAUCCCGCGUGAUCACCCCGAGAGCUACCACAGCUUUAUGUAUAAGCACUUCUUCUCCCAUGUCGACGUGAAACCCGAGAACAUCAACAUCCUCAACGGGAACGCACCUGACCUGGAAGUCGAAUGCCAUGACUACGAAGAGAAGAUCCAACGUGCUGGUGGCAUCGAGCUGUUCCUCGGCGGCAUCGGGCCAGAUGGACACAUUGCCUUCAACGAGCCUGGUUCCAGCCUCAAGUCUCGGACCCGCGUGAAGACUCUUGCAUACGAUACCAUUCUGGCCAACUCAAGGUUCUUCGGAAAUAACCUCAAUCAGGUGCCGAAGAUGGCGUUGACCGUGGGCGUGCAGACUGUCCUUGAUGCGCGCGAAGUCGUCAUCAUCAUCACAGGCGCACACAAGGCUCUAGCCCUCCAGCGGUGCAUCGAAGGCGGCGUGAACCACAUGUGGACGCUGUCCAGUCUCCAGAUGCACCCGCACCCGAUGAUCGUCGUCGACGAAGACGCUACACUGGAGCUGCAAGUCAAAACCGUCAAGUACUUCAAGAGCAUCGAGCGCGUAGGCUCCGAACUAGGCAUGCGCCAGAAGCUCCCCAGAAAGCGCGACUCGCUUGUGGACGAGGGGACCCUGCUAGCCCCUGACCAGCCAAACGGUAUCAGAUUGACUGUGCCGCAAGUUGAUCUCUCCCGUUCAGCAAGUCCCGUGCUGGAGCCAAUGAGCGCCCGUCUCUCCGACGACGAGGCAAGCGCUUUGCAAUUGCGUUCCAUGGAAUCGGAUUUGGACGAUGUCGCUGAUCAGCCCUCGGUCCGAAUGAGCGCUCGCGUCGCUAGCUAG